GCGAGCUGACAAACGUUAUUAUUUAUCUAUUCAAGAUACUUUGUUUUUCUCUUGGCAGCGGGUUUGUAGAGAGGUGUGAGAGUUAAUAACCUGAUCUGCUUUAUCUGAUUGUACGUUUACUUGUAUUUCUUGUUAUCGUCCAGUCACGGCUAACCGCAUUACAGAAGCUGACAAUUAGCCUCUUUUUGUGCUGAAAAUCGAUUCCCCCUGGUAGCGACACCCGCGUACAUAUGUCUCGGGAGUGAAGGGUCACUGAAUGCCAAAUGACCGACUCGCCUGGUAAAAGCCACACCCUACCCCGGACAGUAAACUUGUCAGAAUCACCCGGACCUACGCAGACAUCACUGGUUUCCAUGGAUACCACUGCUUGGUGCGUGGCGUACAUCGUAGUUGCCAUAGUUACGAUAAUUGGGAACAGCAUUGUGGUGGCAGCCCUCACUCACGCUAAAUUUGCGCACAAAGCCCGAAGAUUGUUCCUGAUCAGCCUUAGCGCCGCCGACAUGCUCGUGGGCGCAGUAGCCUUACCCAUGUUCGUGUUUUUGAUUUAUCCGUCCGGGAACGCGUUGGCGAGCGUGUCGGACCAGCGGCUGUUUUCUACCUGCUACCGCGCCUUAGAUAUAUUCACAGGUUUCGCGUCCAUGUUUACACUCGCCACCAUCUCGCUAGAACACGUGCAUGCCGUUAUUUGGCCUCUCGAGCAUCGCGCACUGCGCAAGCGCUUCUACUUCCUGCUGGUCACGACCUCGUGGAGUCUCGCGUGUGUUCUCGCGUGUGUGUUCCUGCUGACGUACGUGGGCGGCCUCCUCCGCGAGGAUAUCUUCGUGUACUCGCAGACUGUGCUCUCCUUCCUGUCUGUUGUCAUCAUAUGCGUCAGCUACACCGCAGUGUGGAUCAAGAUGAAGUGCUGGGUACGCAAGGCGAGCCAGCGAUUGGUCGGCGGUCAAGUCCAUGAGCGCAACCUCUCUAUGGCCCUCGCUAUCGUCACCCUUGUCUUUGUAGUCACGUGGUUACCCUUCCACACGAUGAAUAUUAUUGUCAAUUUUCAGGAAUCACUAAUACGUCACGUGUCAAGUGACGUCAUAUACUUUACUAAACUGCUUCACUAUAGCAACAGUUUUAUCAAUCCAAUUAUAUACUCGCUUAAACUACCAGAGUUCCGCGCGGCCGUCAAGCUUAUUUUCAGGAGGAUUUUCAAGCGUGUUCACGAAACAAGUUUGUGAUUUUUAGGGAGUGUUCAUUAGAUACACCGAGGGUGGGGGAGGGGGGAGAUAUUGGGGGGGUCUCCGAAAAAAAAAGGUCCUCUACGGGGAAAAGAAAGAAAAUUUUGGGGUUCUAUAAAGCGGGGCACCGAAAAAAAUGUUUACAAUGAAAGAGGGGCUCUGAAAUUUUAAGGUGUCUUGAUUAAAAAUCUUCCCUCCCCCCUUCGAAUUAAUGAACACUCCCUUAUUAUUAUCUAUUUCUUGAGAAAGAAUUGUAUUUGUAAAUAGCGUUAGGAUGGCACUUAAAUCCAUUUCACUUUGUCUAUUUUGCGGUGGAUGUGUGGCGAGCUAGCUUACGUCACAGUGUGGAUAUACGGUUCCAAUUAAGACACAGCCAGCCCACUUUGAAUAUUGAAGAAUAAGGCAGGCUGGAGAUGGAGCGAUUUGUUUCCAUUUUUGUUUUGGCUGCGGUUUGUACUAAGUUCCGUCUACCACCUCGACUCCAUAAUCUUGAUAAAUCGUUGAAAACCGAAACCAUCCACAGGUCAUUUUUUAUGUCAUGGAUAACGAGAAAUGACCUUUAUUUUCCUGUGAGUGUUGGCACUAUUCAUAUGAGUGUGGGUUCCAUUCAUAGAAAUAGCAAAUACUUUGUCUGAGUAUCAUAGAGAAGACCAUUUUAGUCUGUGGGCAUCGCCAACUGUAAAAAUAAACAGAAUAAAAAAUACACGGAAAACGUA